GCGGCCUUGGCCGUAGCGGUCGCGGUAAGGGGUUUGAAGGUGGGGGGAGGUUGGGUGGGAUGCAACCGACCCAGCUGAUCUGGUAGAGGAUUCGCCAAGAACGUUACUGAUUGUAGAAAAUGGCAUCCAACGGCGCAGAGGAUGAUGAGUUUCAGGAUGCCGUGGAAGAACAAGCCACGAUCAAGCUGCCCGAGCACCACGGGGCCAUGACGCUGGAGCGGGCGUUGGACGAAUGCCGCGUCGCCGUCCGCUACUUCUUCAACAACCAGUUUGACGAGGCGCGUGACCUGAUGCGGCCCUGGCGGGACUCCAGCAUCUACCACGCCAUGGGUUACGGAACUAUGCUCUACCUGCAGGCUAUCAUGACCUUUGACCCGCGGGACAUCGAGGCGGCCGUGGAGGUGCUGCGCGCCAGUGUGGAGGUGUGCAACCGCGCGCGGCGCAAGAGCACGCUCGGCGAGACCGUGACCAAAAUGGUGAAGAAGCCCGACUACCGUCUGUACACGGAAGAGGAGGCUCACGCCGAGCUCUGUUACGCUGAAUGUCUGCUCCUGCGGGCCGUGCUCAACUUUGUCGAGGAUGAGACGCUCAUCAGCCUGGUCAGAGGCGGUCUCAAGGUCAAGACGUGUUACACCUGCUACCGGGACUGCUGGCAGAUGCUGAAGCACAGGGACUGGACCGGCUCCAAGACCAAGCAACACUUUGAAGGCGGCGUCCGGCUCGGUGUGGGCACGUUCAAUUUGAUGAUCUCACAACUUCCGGCGAAAAUCUUGAGGUUGCUGGAAUUCGUCGGGUUUACUGGGAACAAGGCGAAAGAGGACGUGGGCCUGCGCGAGCUGGAGGCCGGCUUCGGGCUGGCGGACAGCAUCCACCGCUCGCUCUGCAGUCUGGUGCUGCUCGGCUACCACCUGGUGGCCACGUACUUCCUCAGCAACUCGGAGGGCGACCUGGCCGGCUCGGAGCGCAUCCUCUCCGAGGAGCUGGUGACGUACCCGAAGGGAGCGUUUUUCCUGUUUUUCGCGGGCCGUCUGGAGCUGGUGCGCGGCCGGUUUGAGCGCAGCGCGCAGCUUUACACGGACAGCUGGCGCAGCCAGGACUGUUGGACCCAGUUCCACCACAUGUGCUUCUGGGAGCUCUACUGGAACCACGUGUUCCUGAGCCGCUGGGAGGAGGCGGCCGAGUUCGCCGCCCUCCUGCUGCGCGAGUCGCGCUGGUCCAAGACCAUCUACAGCUACCAGCGGGCGGCCUCGCUGCUGAUGCUGCCGCAGCCGGCGCCGGAGCCGCGCCGCCGCGAGGUCGAGAUGCUGAUGACCACGCUGCCCGACUUCAAGCAGCGCAUCGCCGGGAAGUCGCUGCCGGCCGAGAAGUUCGUCAUCGGCAAGUCUCGCCGGUACCUGGCGCAGGGCGGCCGCCUGCUGCUGCCCGGCUACGAGCUGCUCUACCUCUGGAACGGCUUCAAGAUCCUGCGCAAGCGGCGCUGCCUGGUGGAGGACGUGCUGGCGCGAGUGGAGACUGAGCUGGCCAACCUGGACCGCGCAGCGAACGAGCCGUACGUGGCCGACAACCGGGCGCUGCUGCUGCUGUUGCGCGGCGUGAGUCUGCUGCAUCUGAGCAGCCCGCUGCAGGCCGAGGAGAGCCUGCUGGCCGUGACGCGGCUGCAGGCGGAGUUGCGCGACGACCAGUACCUGGUGCCGUUCGCCUGGCUGGAGCUGGGCCUGCUGGCGCUGGACGCCGGCCGGCCAGAUGACGCCGCCCGCCUCCUGGAGCACGCCAAGUCGGGAUACAAGGGCUACAGCAUGAUCAAUCGCCUGCACUUCCGUGUUCACGCGGCCAUGGGCACGAUCGCGGCAUUGAAGGGCGAGGUGGCGGCCGACCCGCUGACCUCGGCUGAGGACGUCUGAUGACCUCUGACCGGGGGUGACGGCGGUCAC